UUAACUUCCCACCUUGGAAAGUUUUCGGGUUUGGUUCUCUUUGUAGCGCUGUUUGAAAAAGAAGAUGACUCCAUCGAUAGAACAACUGACCCCAGAGACUACGAGCAAUCAAGCAUUCAACGCCAAGAAACAGGACAAGAAGAAGAAGAAGAAGAACAAAUUACCAAAAGCGGAAGAUCAAAUUGAAGAAAAUGUUAAGCAGAGUCACCAAGAGAACGAGGAAAUUCAACUAAAAAAGAGCAAGAAAGACAAGAAAAAGCGAAAGAAAGAAAAGGAAAACAACGAAGGUGAAUCCGAGGAAGUGAAUCACGAUGAAAGCGGUGAGGAGUCUAAGAAGGAAAAUAAGAAGAAGAAGCACAAAAAGCAGAAGAAAGAGGAAGAAAAUGGGGAUUCUAUUGAAACUGCAAAUGGUAAAGAAGACUCGGUUCAAUUUGAUGACAAGGAGAAGGUGGUAGUGAGUGGAAAAAACGCUGAAGAAGCGAAAUAUGCGCCGUUGAAAUCAUUUUCUAAUUCUAAGUUACCAAAAAAUGUUUUGGAUUGCUGCAAGGGUUUUUCUAGCCCAUCUCCUAUUCAAGCUCACGCCUGGCCCUUUUUAUUGGAUGGUCGUGAUUUUAUUGGAAUUGCAAAAACUGGAUCAGGCAAGACUUUGGCAUUUGGCGUACCGGCAAUGAUGCAUGUAUUGAACCAGCGAAAUGGUAAAUCCUCAAAAGGGAAGAAUCCGCUUUGCCUCGUACUUUCUCCUACAAGAGAGUUGGCUGAACAAAUAUUUAACGUUUUGUGUAAUGCUGGGCAAGCUUGUGAUGUCAAAUCCGUUUGUUUGUAUGGAGGAACAGCUAAAGGACCUCAGAUUUCUUCUUUAAAGUCUGGUGUUGAUAUUGUUAUUGGAACACCUGGUCGUUUGAAGGAUUUGAUGAAUAUGGAGGUGUGUCAGCUCAAUGAGGUAUCUUUUGUGGUUCUAGAUGAAGCUGAUCGAAUGCUUGACAUGGGAUUUGAAGAGGAUGUUCGCUUUAUAUUGGGAAAGACUUGUUCUGCUCGUCAGAUGGUAAUGUUCAGUGCUACAUGGCCUGCAGCGGUUCAUCGGUUAGCUCAGGAGUACAUGGACCCUAAUCCUGUUAAGGUUGUGAUUGGCUCAGAAGAUUUAGCUGCCAACCAUGAUGUUAUGCAGAUAGUUGAGGUUUUAGAUGAUCGUGCACGUUAUGAGCGAUUGACUGCUUUGCUCAAGAAAUACCAUGAAUCUCAGAGGAAUAGAGUGUUGGUAUUUGUCUUGUACCAGGCAGAAGCUGAUCGAAUUGAAAAUAUGCUUAAGAGAAGUGGCUGGAAUGUUGUUUCUAUACAUGGUCGCAAAGCGCAAAAUGAACGCACUAAGGCACUAUCAUUAUUUAAGAAAGGAAGCUGUCCUUUGAUGGUAGCUACAGAUGUGGCUGCUAGAGGAUUGGAUAUUCCAGAUGUUGAAGUAGUGAUCAAUUAUAGUUUUCCUCUCACUACAGAGGAUUAUGUACACCGGAUAGGGAGGACUGGAAGAGCUGGUAGGAAGGGUGUUGCUCACACAUUCUUUACACAGCAAAAUAAGGGACUUGCUGGAGAACUGGUAAAUGUUCUAAAAGAAGCUGGGCAGGUUGUACCACCUGCAUUAUUGAAAUUUGGAACUCAUGUAAAGAAAAAGGAGUCCAAGCUAUAUGGGGCUCACUUCAAGGAAAUAGCUGCUGAUGCUCCAAAGGCUAAAAAAAUAACAUUUGAUGACUCGGAUGAUGAAAACUGACUCACAUGGCCUGCAGUAAAAUAUGUAGAAUUGGUUAAUAGAAACUGGUACACACUAUUUUUAAUUUUAUGAUUUUCCACCAUAUUUAUUUCCUUUUUUUUAACCGGUUUUGUUAAAGCAUCAAUUGAUCUUUAAUAUUCAUCAUUCUGUUGUUAGUAUAAAACCUAGAUUUGCUUAUUUUCAUUGAUUUAUACUCAUUUGGCAGUAAAGUGCGCACUUAUUUUCCA